AUGAACUAUCUAAGAAAAUGUCAGCUCUGUCUCAGUUAUUCAUUUAAAAGUGUCAAACCAAAAAUGAAAAUUGAUAAAAUGGCAUCAAUAAUACCAUGUAACCUUGAAAAGUCAUGUGCGAGAGCAGCAGAGUAUCUGGCAAAAGGUCAAGUUAUAGCUGUACCCACAGACACAAUUUAUGGAUUAGCUUGUAGUGCCAAUUGUAGAGAUGCUAUUAAAAAGCUAUAUUUAAUCAAAGGAAGAGAUUCCUGUAAACCUGUAGCUAUUUGUGUCAAUGAUAUAUUUGAUGUUAGAAAAUGGGGUAAUGCCAAGCAUCUUAGUGAUGAUUUAUUACAUGAAUUGCUACCUGGUCCUGUUACAAUAGUAUUGGACAAGACAAGUCUUUUGGAUAACCCAUAUCUUAAUCCAAAGACCACAAAAAUUGGUAUUAGAAUUCCUAAACAUGUCUUUAUUAACAAUGUUACUAGACAGUUUGAUAUGCCUAUUGCUUUGACUAGUGCAAACUCUAGCAAUGAACCUUCCUCCUUGCGUGUGAAGGAAUUUGAACAUUUAUUUUCAAAUUUAGGAGCUGUUUUUGAUGGUGGUGUAUUAAAUCAAGGCUUGGAUCAAAGUAGAAGUGGAUCAACUGUAAUAGACUUAUCCAAAAUAGGGUACUAUGAUAUUAUAAGGAAGGGUAUUUCAUAUGAGAAAAUUGUUAAAGUACUUAAAUCCCAUGGUCUUAUCAGUUGUUAAAUAGUUAUAUAUGACUUUGUCUAGGGUAACAGUGCAGUGGGCAUGAAAUGGCUCAUAUAUGGAUAAUCGGAAGUUAAUAAUAUAUGUUUUAAGAUACAAUAGAUAUAAAGCAGUGUUGGCUAUAAGUGUGAAUAUUUGAAU